AAGAUAUGUCUUCCAUUCAAAAGUCAGCGUCUCCAUUGUAUCGAAUGUACUGCCUUCACUUUUUCUCUCUCUAUAUAUCUAUCUCAAACGCACUCAUUUGUCCUCUUAGAAACAGUGCCGUCUUUGCAAGCAAGCAAGAUAUUAAUCUUCCUGCCUUCACUUCUUCUCUCUAUAUAUAUAUCUAUCUCAAACCCACUCAUUUGUCCUCUUAGCAGCUGUGCUGUCUUUGAAAGCAAGCAAGGUAUUAAUCUUCCUGCCUUCACUUCCUUCUCUAUAUAUAUCUGUCUCAAACGCACUCAUUUGUCCUCUUAGAAACAGUACUGUCUUUGCAGUAUUAAUCUUCCUUGUUUCACCCUUGGUUUGAGAGGAGGAUAAGUAGGGUUUGGCGGUCUGUGAGUGAGGCUGCUGCUUUGGAUUAAAGAAGCACUUUGUAGGGUUGGGUUGCUGGAGACAUGCGUGACUAUAUCUGGCAAAGGAUGGAGAAUGACCAAGGAGAGCUUGCCGACGUAGUCCGCGCCGGUGGGUGGGUCGGAGCUUCGAGUACUGCCUUCCCGGCCAGCGACUGGCAGCUCCCUUCAGAGCCCGUGGUCUUCCCACCCGCAUCGAUCAAGGACUCGAGUAGCGACUUGGGCGAUCCUUUCAUGAAACUUUGCGACCCCCUCAUCGACGAAUUAUCCGGCAUCGAGUUCUUCAAGAGCAGAGAAACAAUGGCAGGGCAGGUCAAGAUGGUCAUCAAGGAGAGGGACUGCGGUGAUGGUGGUGGAUUCAUAUCUCAGAAGUUGCUAAUGGGUGGGGGGAUUAAGAAGCCUUUUGAUAUCACCUCGCCAGAAGGAGACAAGUCUUCUCCUCUCUCUCCGGUAAUGGCUGGGGAGAUGAUGAAGGUAAGUAGUGGUGCAGUAGGAUGCUUGGGAGACGAUGGUGGUGGAGGACAACAGAUCUCAUCCUCGCUCGAGCAAGGUGUCAAACGGAGGAAGAAGGAAGCGAAGAAGGUAGUAUGUAUUCCAGCUCCUGCAGCAGCAGCAUGUGGUAGGCCUGGUGGAGAGGCUGUGCCUUGUGAUCUAUGGGCUUGGAGAAAGUAUGGCCAAAAACCAAUCAAGGGAUCUCCUCAUCCUAGGGGCUAUUACAGAUGUAGCAGUUCCAAAGGAUGCUCGGCGAGGAAACAGGUAGAGCGUAGCCGAACCGAUCCCGAUAUGUUGGUAAUCACAUACACAUAUGAACACAACCACCCAUGGCCUACGCAGCGUAAUGCGCUUGCUGGCUUCACAAGAUCUCAGACAUCAAAGAACUGCUCUACUCGCAAUCUAAAGGAAGAGCCUAAGGAAACAACAAGAUGCAGUGCUGCUUCAGUGAAACAAGAGGUUAAAGAGGUAGUCGACAAGGCCAAUGAUCAAGCAUUCUAUAGAAGCCGCGAGCCCCUCAUCUCGGAACAAUACCACCCCGACAACUUCUUCACAGAUAUGUCGGUGUUGGAGGCCGACACAGUGAAUCUCAUCUUCUCAAAGGAGCUUACCGAAACAAAGCCAGAGGAGAAUGGAAACAAGGCCUUGGAUCCAUUCAACAUGUUCUAUUAGGCAUGCAGGAAGAUCGAUGAUACAUUGGCACAACAUAUACAUUAGCUAGUAGGCAAGCUAGAGAUCGUGCUUUUAGGUUACAUGUCGAAGUUUGAAUCAAGAUGGGGGUGGGGGAGGAGCGAAGGGUGUGCUCGUGAUAUGUUGUCUGUGGAUGAGUUGGGAGAAGGGCCUGGAAGAUCCACGGCAUUUGGAAUAAUGGAGGACAGUACGUACAAUGACUGCAAAAGCCUUUGCAGGGCAGUUAAGAGGUGUAGGCUGAGCUUUUCUUUUGCUACUGUUUCCUCCUUGUUUCAAUGUGGCGAAGAAGGAGUGCUUGGCAGUGUGGUCAGAGUUUUAGUAAGAUUCAUGGACAAAGGAAGCAACAAAGAUGAGUAGGAGGAGCUCAAACAUACAUACAAAAUGAUGAGCAGGCAUUAGGUCUUGGAAGGAACAAGUCAGUAUCAUUCAUUCUCUCUUUUGCUCCUUAGCUUUCUUUCUUCACCUGUACAUAGCUUGCAACUUCUCAAUGCUGAAGUCAUAUUACUUCCAAGGUCAAGAAGGCAUUCAGAUUGUUCCUGAAGAUGUUUCCAAACCAUAGUUCAAAGCCUCAAUGUGCUUUUCUUUUCUGUUUUUUACUUUGUGUGUGUAUGACAGUGUGUGUGUGUGUGUGAGAGAGAGAGAGAGAGAGAGAGAGAGAGAGAGUCUGUGAGUGUGAGAUUACAUCCACAUUGUUAAUGUGUGCAUGUUUGAUAAAGAUCAAGAUCGAGUUGUUGGAAUGUAAUGAUGCUCAAUCA